AUGGAUUAUUUUGGGGCAGUCAAUAAUUGGUUGGACUUGUUUAAUAUGUCGUCUUCUUCAAGUGAAGAAAGCAGCAUGGUGGUGAUGUGGGUUGGAGCAAUUGCAACAUUAUUGCUCGUGUUUCUUACUUUCGCUUAUUUCUUCAAGACCAAGAUGCAAGUGCCUGUUAUAUCAAUACCUGAAGUGGAAUCAAACAAGAAAUACAGGUUCAGGAAAAGGGAUAAAGUCCAGUUUUAUGCUCGAAAAGUAUUUCGCAAGGGUAGAGAUACAGCUUCCAAGCUACAAAAGCAAGUGUCCAUGAUAAAGGAAGGUGUCAGUGUGCCGGAGUAUUCAAGAUCUGGUCGAAGACUUGAUAACAGAGAAAGAAUGAUGAUUUUAGCAAAGCGAAUGUUUAGUGGGAAAAAAGGUCCAUCGUUACUUCUGAAAAAAGAACUUCCUUCUUUACUCCUGGAAGCUGACCAGGAGGAAGAGCAAUUUCCUAAUCUUCCCGAAGAAGUGAUGUACCUUCUGCAGAGUGUUAAAGUGUUUGGUCACUUCGAGAAAGGUGUUUUCCUUCAACUAUGUCGUCAUAUGGAAACCAUUAACCUCGCACAAGGGGAUUACCUUUUUAAAGUUGGAGAAGAAGAUAAAUGGCUUUAUGUGGUGCAGGAAGGACAAGUCAACUUGUUUAUCAAUGAAGGAAAUAAUGAGGUGUUUGUAUUGUAA